AUGGGUAGCGCACAGUCUGCACAUCUUGUAUCAAUUGAACUUUCACCCAAAGAAGUAGCUUUGCUCAAAGCAAAUACUCAAUUUAGUGAGAACGGUAAAUAUAUCUCAGCACUCUCAAAAUAUAUUCUUCUUCUUUUGUUGUACAGAAAUCCGAACGGUUUUCUUAAAGAUUGUCCAGGUGGCCGACUUGAUAAAGAAAAAUUUGUUGAACUCUAUCAACAAUUAUAUCCACGCGGUCAAGCAGAUAAUUACAGCAAACACGCAUUUAGUACAUUUGAUAUUAAUCACGAUGGCUCAAUAGACUUUCAAGAAUUUCUUUUAGCUAUUUCAGCUUCAAGUCGCGGCAAUAUUGAUGAGCGUCUUGCUGCUACUUUUGAUGUAUUUAAUAUCUCCAAUGAUGGACUUAUUGAUAAAAAAGAAUUGACUAAAGUACUAUCAGCGAUGUAUGAUCUUGUUGGUGAAAUCGAUCGCACAGGCGAUCGAGAUUCAAAAACACGUACUGCAAAUAUUAUAGCAAAACUUGAUAUGUGUGGUGACAAAAAAUUGAGCAAAGCUGAAUUCGUUGCAGGAUAUGCUUUUACUAUAUUUGAUACUAAUCAUGAUGGUUUGGUAGACUUUUCAGAGUUUCUUCUAGAGAUGACAGCUACCAGUCAAGGUGAUCUUGAUGAUCGUCUGAUCGUUUCUUUUGAAAUGUACGAUAUCUCCAAAGAUGAAUUAAUUGAUCUCAAGGAGCUCACUACAUUACUUACAGCGAUGGUACAUUUUGUAUUGAAUCCUGCAGUUCAAAGAAAUUUUGUUUUUCUUUUUUUCCUACGGUAUGAUCUUGUUGGUGUAACUGAUCGUACAGGUGAUCGAGCUUCAAAAAACUGUGCUGCUAAUAUUUUAGCAAAACUUGAUGUAAGUGAUGAGAAAACUGAGCAUAGCUGA